AUGGAUUCAAAGGCCAAGCACAUAGAAGGAUUUUUGCCAUCUCUGGAAGCAUUCUUUCACAUUUUACCAAGGCGAUUUGGGGAAGUGUCCGGUUUUGCUGCCGUAAGCACGAAUGGAAGCGCCUUCGUGACCUCAGCGGCUCGCCCUGCAAUGCCCGGGCAGUCGGUGACUGCCUCGGCCGGUGCUGGCUACCUCCGGCCACCCGCUUUCAGCUACGAACACUACCAGGCCGGGGCCGCCCCACCGGCACGGCAGUCAGGGCGGGGGGGUCACACCCCUCCUCCGACUGUACGCCAUGGUUUCCCCUAUCAACCUUCAGCCUUGGCAUUUGAUCCUGUUCAGAAAAUACUGGCCAUCGGGACUCAGACUGGAGCACUAAGGCUCUUUGGUCGGCCAGGAGUUGAAUGCUACUGCCAACAUGACAGUGGAGCUGCAGUAAUCCAGCUUCAGUUCCUGAUUAAUGAGGGAGCUCUUGUGAGUGCCUUGGCUGAUGAUACCUUACACCUGUGGAAUUUACGUCAGAAGAGACCUGCUAUACUUCAUUCACUCAAAUUUAACAGAGAACGGAUAACAUUUUGUCAUCUGCCUUUCCAAAGUAAAUGGCUAUAUGUGGGCACUGAAAGAGGAAACAUUCACAUUGUCAAUGUGGAAUCAUUUACACUCUCAGGCUAUGUCAUCAUGUGGAAUAAAGCCAUUGAACUGUCGUCCAAAUCUCACCCAGGGCCAAUUGUCCACAUUAGUGACAAUCCAAUGGAUGAAGGAAAGCUUCUGAUUGGCUUUGAGUCUGGAACAGUGGUAUUAUGGGAUCUGAAGUCAAAGAAGGCAGAUUACAGAUACACACAUGAUGAGGCUAUCCACUCUGUGGCUUGGCAUCAUGAAGGAAAACAAUUUAUUUGUAGUCACUCAGACGGUACCUUGACCAUUUGGAAUGUAAAAUCUCCUACUAAACCAUUCCAGACAAUCACUCCACAUGGAAAGCAGCUGAAGGACGGAAAGAAGCCAGAACCCUGCAAACCUAUCCUUAAGGUGGAAUAUAAAACAACUAGAGCUGGGGAGCCUUUCAUCAUUCUCUCAGGAGGUUUGUCAUAUGACACUGUAGGAAGAAGACCCUGUUUAACAGUUAUGCAUGGGAAAAGUACUGCUGUGCUAGAAAUGGAUUAUUCUAUUGUUGAUUUUCUAACCCUCUGUGAAACACCAUAUCCUAAUGAUUUUCAGGAACCAUAUGCUGUAGUUGUUCUUCUAGAAAAGGACUUAGUACUGAUUGACCUUGCACAAAAUGGGUACCCUAUAUUUGAGAAUCCCUAUCCUUUGACUAUACAUGAAUCUCCAGUUACCUGUUGUGAAUAUUUUGCUGAUUGUCCUGUGGACCUCAUACCUGCCCUCUAUUCGGUUGGCGCUCGACAGAAACGUCAAGGUUACAGUAAGAAGGAAUGGCCUAUCAGUGGAGGCAACUGGGGUUUGAUCACUCAGAGCUAUCCAGAGAUAAUUAUUACAGGGCAUGCUGAUGGGUCAAUCAAGUUUUGGGAUGCCUCAGCAAUAACGCUGCAAGUACUCUAUAAGCUAAAAACAGCCAAAGUAUUUGAAAAAUCACGGAAUAAAGAUGACAGGCCAAACACAGAUAUAGUAGAUGAAGAUCCAUAUGCUAUUCAGAUCAUCUCAUGGUGUCCAGAAAGUAGAAUGCUGUGCAUAGCUGGAGUGUCUGCACAUGUCAUUAUUUACAGGUUCAGCAAGCAGGAAGUGACAGCAGAAGUCAUUCCGAUGCUGGAAGUACGUCUGUUAUAUGAAAUAAAUGAUGUUGAAUCUCCAGAUGGUGAGCAAGUGCCACCUUUACCAACUCCAGGCACAGGUUCCAAUCCUCAAUCCAUUGUUCCCCAGUCUCAUCCAUCUACUAGUAGCAGUUCAUCUGAUGGACUUCGUGAUAAUGUCCCAUGUUUAAAAGUUAAAAAUUCUCCUCUCAAGCAGUCUCCAGGCUACCAAAUUGAGCUAGUUAUCCAGCUAGUAUGGGUGAGUGGAGAACCUCCUCAACAGAUAACCAGCUUAGCAGUCAACUCAGCGUAUGGCCUAGUAGUUUUUGGAAACUGUAAUGGUAUUGCAAUGGUUGAUUACCUCCAGAAGACAGUGCUUUUGAAUCUAGGCACUAUUGAACUGUAUGGCUCCAAUGAUCCUUAUCGCAGGGAGCCACGGUCUCCACGAAAAACUCGGCAACCGUCUGGAGGUAUGCUGACUGUGGCUUCUUGCAUGUGCGGCCUUUCUAACUUAUAUUCAGAGUCUGUGAAAAAGCUUCGCACCUCUUAUAUAACAGGUCUUUGUGAUAUUAAUGAAGGUACAAUGGUGCCAGAAGACCGCUGCAAAUCACCCACUUCAGCAAAGAUGUCCAGGAAGCUAAGUUUGCCAACUGAGUUAAAGCCUGAUUUAGAUGUCAAAGACAACUCUUUCAGUCGAUCUCGGAGUUCUAGUGUAACUAGCAUUGAUAAAGAGACACGUGAGGCAAUUUCAGCUCUUCAUUUUUGUGAGACUUUCACAAGAAAGUCUGAUACAUCACCUUCCCCAUGCCUGUGGGUUGGGACCACGCUGGGUACAGUGCUUGUCAUUGUACUGAAUUUACCCCCAGGAGGAGAGCAAAGACUUCUUCAGCCAGUAAUUGUUUCUCCUAGUGGAACCAUCCUGAGGCUAAAAGGGGCAAUCUUGAGAAUGGCUUUUCUGGAUACCACCGGCUCUUUGGUCCCACCAGCACAUGAACCCUGGAGAGAACACAAUGUUGCUGAAGACAAAGAUGAAAAAGAUAAAUCAAAAAAGCGACGACCUGUCUCAGUGUCCCCUUCUUCCUCUCAGGAAAUCAGUGAAAACCAAUAUGCAGUGAUAUGUUCAGAAAAGCAAGCAAAAGUUAUCUCACUGCCAUCCCAGAACUGUAUUUAUAAGCAAAACAUAACAGAGACUUCUUUUGUUCUUCGUGGAGACAUAGUAUCAUUGAGUAACAGUAUCUGCCUUGCAUGUUUCUGUGCCAACGGACAUAUUAUGACUUUUAGUUUGCCAAGUUUACGGCCAUUGUUGGAUGUAUAUUACCUGCCACUCACCAAUAUGCGUAUAGCGAGAACGUUCUGCUUCACCAAUAAUGGACAAGCACUCUAUCUUGUCUCACCAACUGAAAUACAGAGGCUCACCUACAGUCAAGAAACAUGUGAAAAUCUUCAGGAAAUGUUGGGUGAGCUCUUCACUCCUGUAGAAACACCAGAAGCACCGAACAGGGGGUUCUUCAAAGGCCUGUUUGGAGGUGGGGCACAGUCACUUGACAGAGAAGAACUAUUUGGAGAAUCAGCAUCUGGGAAAGCAUCAAGGAGUCUUGCCCAGCAUAUUCCAGGGCCUGGGGGUAUUGAAGGUGUCAAAGGAGCAGCAUCUGGUGUAGUUGGUGAACUAGCACGAGCCCGGCUGGCACUAGAUGAAAGAGGACAGAAACUAGGUGAACUAGAAGAAAAAACUGCAGCUAUGCUUUACAGUGCUGAUUCUUUCUCUAAACACGCUCAUGAGAUGAUGUUGAAGUACAAAGACAAGAAGUGGUACCAAUUCUGAUGAUGCUCAUCAACUACAUCUGUUUAAUUUUGUCCUGAUGAAAAAAAUCUUGGUUUUUCAUUAAUUUUGGCAGGACCAUUGAAAUUUAAAGGAGUAUUCACCACUGGAUACUGUUGUUUCCUAGCACAAAACACACACUGUUUUACCUCAGUCAUGGCUUUAACUGAGGAGCUUUAUAUUUAAAAGAAACACACACAAAAAACCAAACUUGAGUGUUUCUUAGCUGUUGGUUAGCUGAUAGCUGGAACAGAGAAGGUAACUAGAACAUGUGGAAAAGAGGGUAAAGGGAAAAUGUAGUGUGAGGUGGGCAGGGGCAAUGCAGGGUCAAUCCUGUGUUAAUAUUUCAUAUGCCAAAAGUUUUUGUGCUACUGUAAUUGCUGCCAGUGUUAUACCCUCCUGUGAGGAGAGGCAAUAAAUCAGGGGUCCAAGAGCUGGAAUAAAGUUGUUUGUCUUGCUGGACAGUAGCUGACUUACACUUACCCUCUCUAGGACUUACUAUAUUUACCAUUAACGUUGAAGAAGAGUUGAAGUUUGCUGUCACUUCUUUCAUCAGAAAACCUGGAAGCUUGGAAGAUUUCUUGUUGAAAAUUGUAUACAUAGUUGACCUGUGCAUAGUCUUUUCUUGGGCCCCUGAUCUAGUAUUCUUGUAUUCACAUCAUAUUCUGUGAAGUGCAAAACAAGAGAAUGCACAAUUUUUGCAUUAAAAAAGUCAAGUGAAUAAUAUGACUGGAAUGUGUCAUACUGGGAGUUUUCAUUUGUGUUAUGGCUGUACAAUGUGAAAUGUGGUAACAUCUUCAUUGUGGUAAGAAUAUUUAAACAUCGGUUAAAUAUUUUUUUUUUUGCCAAAAAUAGUUACUGGUUCAGUUUGUAUAACAUUUAGAAUUGGCUGUGGGUUCUAUUCAUGCUGUGAAUUUUCAUAAAUGUUUAACAGAAUGUAUCUUUACAGCCAUUAAUCAAAAUAGCUGAGAUAGUUUUACUUAAGUUCUAGUUGCCCCUUUAGUCCUUUACUAUGAAAUUGGAUAAUCUUGGACUCAGGUUUUCAAACAGUUUCACACUCCAUGGAGGUGCUGAUGCAUGAAUAAUGGCAAGCAUCUAAUAGUUAAUAAUUGUCAGUAUACUGUUUAGCAAAUUUCUAAUCCUGCUAGUAGAACUAUUUAACAAGUAUGUAUCUCAGCCCCACCCAGCACUUAAGGCAGUUGGCCUAAAGUUUGGGUUUAGUAUUAAAGCAGUAUUUUCAAUGUGGGCAGUGGUAAGUGUCCACUAAAAAACUUCAAGAAUGAGUGAAAUAAUGUUCAGUUUGGGUGAGGUAAAUAAUAUAGUUGAGCUAACUUGUUAACAGCUGCUACACUAAAGUUGUAACAGUGGAAAUGACCAGAGCUCCUUUUAAAAGAGAGGAUUCCUUAAAAUAGAUGUUGGCAUUUCAAAAAUUCAUUGACUUUUUUCUUCAACACAGUUCCUGACAGGUUUUGUUUUACAAAAGGAAGUACUUAGAAGCUAAUAAGUCUACAUUGUCUGAAAUUAAUCAUUUGGGUUUGCUUCUCCAAGCAUCACAUUCUGUGUGGGUUUUUUCACACACUUUCUGAAUGUUCCCAAAGCAAAACCUUGGUUAUAUUUGUAUUUAAAAUGAUGUUGCGGGUACAUAGAUAAGGCAACCUUACAAAACACUUAAAGGAUGCAAAAUAUUGAAGUUAAUGAUGGCUCUUAAUUCAUUUUUCAGAUGAGAGGCAAAUAUGUUUGGGCUUGGUAGCAGAAAUUGAUAAAUUUUCUGAUUUUAUGUAUAAUAACAUUUAAUUAAAAAAGACAAGGGAAUUCUGUUGCCAGUACGAGGGAAUGCCAUACCAUGUCCACUGUUCAAAGAGCUUAACAAAUGAGAAUGUGACAAUUUGAACAACCAGCAUUAUGAUUUCUUGAUGGCCCUGUCCCAUACAUACUGAGGAAUUGUUAACACCAGUUACUUAACUCAGCUUGCCACUCAGUUUUUGCCUCUGCAUCUUAAUUUCAUUUUUAGUGUCCAAUUAAUGCAUAUUUAAAUUAACACCAUUUUGUUAAAAAUCCAGAUUAGAAGAAAACUAGAGAAACUCCUUUUUUUUUUAAUAAAAUAUCCUAGCUGACACUUGUCCCCUUCCUUAUCUCAUGUUUAUAAAUUCAGAUGACUGAUUAUUAUUUGACCUGGUGAAGAUGAACUGUAUUUCAGGGCAACAAAAUCCUGGAAAAUUAGUCUGGUCAGGCUCUGGGCAAGAGGAUGGCAAAGUACUUUGCAGCAGGUCAUGGUAUUGGUGCACUGGAAGAUGACCUUGGCAUGAAAGGAAAGCAUACUUAACUUUCUCAUCAAGAAACGUUUGACAACCACCAGCAAGCAAAAAAAAAUAAUUAAAAAAAAGGCAAUGAGAGACCAUCUGUCAGUGCAAAGAAGAGUAGCAGCUUAUUGGGUAUUAUAGAAUUUCAGAGUUGAAUCCUUUUUUUGUUGCAUAUGUUCAGAGCAUGCUUCUAGAUUGGAUAACUAAUGAAAUGAUUGCUCAUGAGAUCAAUAUACAAAUGGUUCUUGGUCAAUAAAAGGGGCUAUGUACAAUUUUAGUCUAAAACGUUCUUUUCCUUCUCUGCGGAAGGAAGUUGAUCGUACACGCAUCAUUGCAUCUCAUUCUGCUAUUGGUGGUGCACCUUUUGUACAGCAAAGUAUAUUGAAAUUCUUGGGGGGAAGCACCCCUGUUUUUUUCGCUAGCAUUUUAGUUAUGUGAAACUUUCUUCGAGUGUCUGAAAAACUAUGAAAUACAAUUGAGCUAUUACUUUUUUAUUUUUUUUGAUGGAAGUGUAAGAAACUGCUGCUACCUAUCUGUUUAUAUGUAGUGUGUCUCAUUAGAAACUGUAAACUGAAGAAGCUUUUCUUCACCUUAGUCCUGCCAAACUAACUUUUGAAUGUUGAUGUGUGUACAUAUGCGUGCAUUCCAAGUAAGUCUGAAAGUGUUACACCACAGGCAUCUCCAAUGAUUUGCUCUUCAGCAAACAGUCAGCUAUAAAAUACAGUAAUAUAUAGCUGUGUUCCUUGUCUGUCUUUAUGCAAAGGUUUUUGCCUGAGGUGAUACUUGCAUGGUAGGUGAUGCUGGAAAGCUACAUCCAAAGGAGGAUUUUUGGAAGCAAGAUAAUUUCCUUUUUUUUCCUUUUUGUUUUCUUUUUCUCCUUUUUUUUUUUUGUUUUUUUGUUUAGGGUUUGGGGGUUUGGGGUGUUUUUUUUUUGCUUAAUUAAUGGCACUGAUCUUACCUGAACUUUUAAACUUGAAUUUUUCCUGCACUUUAAUUCAAUCAUAGUAUUUUAUUCCUUUUUGUUGUUUUUUCCUGCAUUUGUGCAGUUCAGGUUCAUUAUUUGUAUAUAAACACACACGUUCAAUAAAGACUUCAGAACAGAUUACUUUCAGGCACAUUUGCUGAUUAUGUGACUAUCAUUUAGAAUGUGUGUUUUCUUAGAAAAAUAUGUAUAUACAAGUAUAUACAAUAUAGAAUCUAAUGGAAGGCACGUAUCCUGUGUCAGCAUUCAGUUUAUAAAUUUCUGCAACACUUUCAGAUUUGUUACUAGAUAAUACAAUAAAAUCUGUUAUAUUUAUACAUACUGCUUAAGAAUAUACUUUUAGUUUUAAAUAAUUUUUAUAUGUACACUUCUACCUUUAAUUUUAAAAAGACUUACGUUCAAUUUUUAAGUCAAAGUACUUAAAGUAUGUAUAUUAUCCAUAGAAGAAGUUGUUUUAAGCUUAUGAAUACAUUCAUAUCUCAUAUGGAGAUGAUACAGUUACUAAGCAAUGAAAACAAAUAGCCCAUUUUGCUUUGCGGAAAAUAAUCAUACUUAUUUUUACCUCCCAUUUUGAACAUUCUUAAACAAUCCCCUAAGUAUGGAGAGGGAAGAUAAUGCAUUCAGAAAAUUAACCUAAUAUAAAAGUUUUCUCAACAGCUGCAGUCUGUGGCUGACUAGUUUUCUAUGACUUUAUUUCUUUAGGUAUAUACAUGAAAGAUUUUUUUUCAGCUCUCUUGGCCUUUUAAAAUUCCCCAAAACUGAAGUGAGGUUUGUCCAGUAGAUAUUUUCUUUGAAUAAUGUAUGAAUCUUGAUUACACAUCAGCUCUUUACAUGUAAAUCAGGGGUUUAUUUUGUAUACUGAACAUGUGUUGUAAAACUUACAGCCUGUGGCUGAAGUGCCCUCUUCUUUCUCAUCAUGAUUUAACAUACCUGGGCAGGCAGCGAUAGCAGCUGAAGUGUGGGGGGGGGAAGGAGUGCAGUGCCUUGCCUCCCUCUCCGAGUUGCAGGGUAGUUGUUGGUAGAACCUUUUCUCACUCUAGCCAAUUUCCUGUAUAAUUUAGGUUUGGGGUUUUUUGGGGUGGAUGUUGAUAGCUUUGCUACUACCACAAAAUUGUCAGUACUUUGUAGACAGAAAUUAAUGAUAUUUAGGGGGAGAAAGUAAGUAAAAUAGAAAAAAAAAGAUGUGUAGUGUAGGCAAAUCAGCUAACCCAAUUUUAUUUGAGUUUUCAUUCAAAGGCUAAGUUAAGCUGGGCCAAUUUCUUAUGCAUGUUAUAAAGAUGUGCUGUAUGUCAUCUACUUUAUUACUGUUUCAAGUCAGAUGAGUGUACUGUGUUUCUGGGUUCUUUUAGACUUUAUAAAAUUUAGGCUUAAAGAUAUGGACGUUCAUUUUUAAAAAUUAAAAGGAAGGACAAACGGAACAAUCAAAUGAAAGGUGUCAAUCAGUAUUCCUUUUAGUUUUCCAUGUAAAGCGCCUAGUUUAAGUCCUACAGCUGUAGGUUACUCUGACACUUGUGUUUCUUUUUAUUAGUAUCUAAGUUAUAUAUUACCAGGCAAAUAAUAACUAGAAGUUAAACUGUUUCAGUUGAAAACAUGUAAGGAGUUGUAUGUGGAUUACCACCACCAUUCAGUAAUAGAUGAUGCAAAAGGAGAGGGGUGGGAACAUGUUUUAAAUAUUCCCUUUUAAAAAAGAAUUGUAAAUAAGCAGUACUGUGUUAUUUUAGACCUGAGCUCUGCUAUCUGUAGUGGUUAGAACUAGGAAAACAUGCUGCUUUCUAGUUAUGCUACUGUUUCAUUGUACCAGCACCAUGGGGGAA